AAGAAUUUCCCCUGCUGGUGUAAUUAGUUUGUUGUUUUAAGUUUAUCGUGCACUGGGAAUCAAACAUGACGGAUUCCUUGGAGUACAACGACAUAAAUGCCGAGGUCCGCGGCGUCCUGUCAUCUGGUCGUCUCAAGCUUACCGACCAGAACAUUAUCUUCAAAAAUAACAAGACGGGCAAGGUGGAGCAGAUUUCCGUGGAUGAUAUUGAUCUAAUUAAUUCUCAAAAAUUUGUGGGUACUUGGGGACUACGAGUGUUCACCAAGAGCGGUGCUCUGCAUCGCUUCACAGGCUUUCGGGACAGCGAGCACGAGAAGCUGGGAAAAUUCAUAAAGGAUGCCUAUUCGCAGGAAAUGGUAGAGAAGGAGAUGUGUGUCAAAGGCUGGAACUGGGGCACGGCUCGAUUCAUGGGCUCCGUUUUGAGCUUCGAUAAGGACUCGAAGACCAUAUUUGAAGUGCCGCUCUCUCAUGUGUCUCAGUGUGUGACUGGCAAGAAUGAGGUCACUUUGGAGUACCACCAAAACGAUGAUGCCCCGGUCGGUCUCCUCGAGAUGAGGUUUCACAUUCCAGCUGUGGAGUCAGCAGAUGAUGACCCAGUUGAGAAAUUUCAUCAGAAUGUGAUGAGCAAGGCCUCGGUCAUCUCAGCGUCUGGCGAGUCCAUCGCCAUCUUUAGAGAGAUUCAGAUUCUAACACCUCGCGGUCGUUACGACAUCAAGAUCUUUUCGACUUUCUUCCAGCUGCAUGGCAAGACUUUUGACUACAAGAUACCCAUGGACUCGGUGCUACGCUUGUUCAUGCUACCACACAAGGACAGCCGGCAAAUGUUCUUCGUGCUCUCACUGGAUCCUCCCAUAAAGCAAGGACAGACGCGGUAUCAUUAUUUGGUGUUGCUCUUCGCACCCGACGAGGAGACCACCAUUGAACUGCCGUUUUCGGAGGCCGAGCUGCGUGACAAAUACGAAGGCAAGCUGGAGAAGGAGUUGUCGGGGCCAGUGUACGAGGUGAUGGGCAAGGUGAUGAAGGUGCUAAUUGGCCGCAAGAUUACAGGGCCGGGAAACUUUAUAGGCCACUCGGGCACGGCAGCUGUGGGCUGCUCCUUCAAGGCUGCCGCUGGUUAUUUGUAUCCCCUUGAGCGUGGCUUUAUCUACAUUCACAAGCCGCCCCUGCACAUCCGUUUUGAGGAGAUUAGCUCAGUGAAUUUCGCUCGCAGUGGAGGAUCCACGCGUUCCUUUGACUUCGAAGUCACCCUGAAAAACGGAACGGUGCACAUAUUCUCGUCCAUUGAGAAGGAAGAGUAUGCCAAGCUCUUUGACUUCAUCACACAGAAGAAGUUGCAUGUGAGCAAUAUGGGCAAGGACAAGAGUGGCUACAAAGAUGUAGACUUUGGUGAUUCUGACAAUGAGAACGAGCCCGAUGCUUACCUAGCCCGUCUCAAGGCCGAGGCCAGAGAAAAAGAGGAGGAAGAUGAUGACGGCGAUGAUUCCGAUGAAGAAUCCACCGAUGAGGACUUUAAACCCAACGAAAACGAAUCGGACGUGGCCGAGGAGUAUGAUAGCAAUGUGGAGGAUGAUUCGGACGACGACAGUGACGCUAGUGGCGGCGGAGGAGAUGGUGGUACUGAUGGUUCGACCAAAAAGAAGCACAAGGAAAAAAAGAACGAGAAAAAGGAGAAGACACAUAAGGAGAAGGAGAAAAUUAAAAAACCCACCAAGAAGAAGGAUACCGGCAAGCCCAAACGAGGGACUUCCGCCUUCAUGUUGUGGCUUAAUGAUACCCGUGAAAGCAUUAAGCGUGAAAAUCCGGGCAUCAAAGUCACCGAGAUAGCCAAAAAGGGCGGCGAAAUGUGGAAGGAGCUCAAGGACAAGUCCAAGUGGGAAGAGGCCGCUAACAAGGAUAAGAUUCGCUAUCAGGAAGAGAUGCGCAACUACAAGUCCGGAGCGGGUGGUGGCAGUGAGGACGAAAAAGGAGGCACCAGCAAGGCAACUAAGAAACGCAAAUCUGAGCCAUCGCCAUCAAAGAAAGCAAAUACCUCUGGAAGUGGCUUCAAGAGCAAGGAAUACAUCUCCGAUGAUGAAUCCACCAGCGACGAUCAGGAAAAGGUCAAGGAAAUCCCAAAGAAGAAAAACAAAUCUACCGCUGAGGACAAGGAUAAGAACUCAAAGAAAAGCGAAAGCGAAGGGGGGGAUAGCGACGACGCAAGCAAUGCCAGCGAGGACGAUGAUGAAGAGGAAGAUGAGGGCAGUGAUUAGGCUCCCAGUCAUUCAACACUAUUCCAUAAUUCAGUCACACAGCCACACAAACCUAGUUUUUAAGUUCUCCCUAAAAAAUAUGUUUUUGUUUAAAUAAACUUUCAAGAGCAAAGCAAAGCUCAUGUAAUUA